CUAAACCAUCGAGUCAUAUCCACUCGUCAUUCUAACUUUAGUGUUAGAGCUUUGAAAAUGGUCUGGAUCUGUUCUUGCUGAAGUAAAUGGGAGAAAUAAACCUAUUAACGGUUUUUUUUUAUUGGCAAAGCAUCCAGAAGGAACGAAGACAUUCAUCUACUUUUAAGUAGUAGUAGCUAAAACACUACUCGCCAAGGUUGCAAUCGAACCGAGAAUAUGAUGAAAUCCAUAAGCAAAAUGGAGAGGAUGGUGCCUACCUGCUACAAGUGCCAGCCGACUGGUGUGAUCGAUGGUGGCUAUGCAUGGGUUGUGUGCUUUGCAGCGUUUGUUAUUCUUCUCAUCACGGUUGGACAACAAAACUGCUCAGGGAUCAUCUUCGUCGCGCUCAUGGAUGAGUACAAGCAGGGUCGUGGCGCCACAGCCUGGGUGACGUCACUAGCUGUCAGCCUUAAUCUCACUUUCGGUCCUCUUAGUGCGUUCCUGUGUCAGCGGUUUGGCUGUCGUGUGACCGCCAUGCUUGGCGGGGGGAUUUGUGCAGUCAGUCUCUUCUUAUCAGCAUUUGCCGUCGACCUUUAUUUACUUUACUUUACAUACGGCGUCCUUCUUGGUCUAGGGAACUCCCUGUGUUAUACCUCGGCCCUUAUCGCGCUAACGCUAUACUUCCGACGACACAUCGCCUUGGCGAACUCUCUCGGCUUUCUAGGACCCGCACUUGGUAUCGUCAUCUUGACACCGCUUUUAAAGCACUUGUUCCAGACAUUGAGCCUGCGAUACGUGUUCUUUGCGCUAUCGGUCAUUCAGAUCAUUAUCGUUGCGGUUGGGUCAGCGUUCCGUCCUUUUGCACAGACGCAGAGAAAUAAAUGUCUUCCUCGGCUUCUUGACAGCUCGCCGUUCAGGGACAAGAGUUACCGUAUUUGGGUCGUGGCGCUUUGUUUCUUCAUGCCGGCUAUCCUCGUGCCUUAUGUUCACAUAGUUAAAUUUGCUGAAGACCAUAACAUUGAGAAGACCAAGUCCUCAACAGUGGUCGUCUUCUUCGCUAUCGGCUCAAUUACCUUCCGUCCGAUCCUAGGCCGUCUGUCUGACUAUUUGCCCAGUUACCGAUUACAGAUCUUCCAGCUUUGCUUUCUUGUUAUCGCACUCGCCAACACAUUUGUUGUCUUAGCAACAAACUAUAUUGCCUUCGCAAUAUACGCGUUUAUAUUCGGAUCUGUGGACGGUAUCUUCUGGUCGCAAAUGUCUGUUAUUACCCAAGAGAUAGUGGGAAUGGAACAUUUGCCUGCGGCCUUUGGCUGGCUCAUCAUGAUUAUCUCGUUUCCAGGCGUCCUCGGCCCGCCGCUAGCAGGGUGGCUAUUCAGCGUCUCGCAGACUUACACUACGCCGUUUAUGGUCAGCGGUGCUCUUGUCAUAGUGUCUAUUUGUCUGAUGUUUGCAAUUCAGAUGCCCGUCCAAUCAGCAUCAAGAAGUACUUUGUCACACAAUCGUCUAGAGUUCUUACAGAAUGGUACUGUUGGAGAAAAACUCGCGAACAGCAGCCGAGACAGCCGGGUAAUCGUGCUCGAAGCGGCCAGGGAUCUUUCUAUAUCUGUGUAAUCAAACCACUUUAAAUCAGGGAAAUAAAUCAAUACAAGGUUGGAA